AUGGCAGAUUCCAGCAGAGCCGUCUUCUCGGAGUUGGACAAUGCCAAGACCCAACUCUACCAUUUUAAAGCCAUCGUCAUUGCGGGAAUGGGGUUCUUUACUGAUGCAUAUGACCUUUUUUGCAUUACCGCGGUCACCAAGCUAUUAGGCCGCUUGUACUACUUCGACCCAACAACCGGACAACCAGGUGUUCUUCCAAUAAACAUCUCUAACGCCAUCCAAGGAGUCGCUCUGUUGGGAACUUUAGCAGGUCAGCUCUUCUUCGGAUGGCUCGGGGACAAACUCGGCCGCAAGAAGGUCUAUGGCAUCACCCUGGUCACCAUGGUUGGGUGUGCCUUGGCCUCGGGCCUGUCCUUGGGGUCCACCGCCCAUAGCGUGAUCGGCUGCCUAUGCUUCUUCAGAUUCUGGCUCGGUUUUGGCAUCGGAGGGGACUAUCCGCUCUCUGCCGUCAUCAUGUCUGAAUAUGCCAAUCAGAAAACCAGAGGAGGGUUCAUUGCAGCUGUUUUUGCGAUGCAAGGUGUCGGGAUUCUAUUUGCAGGGGCUGUUGCCAUGCUGGUCUCAAAGAUAUUCCUGACAGCAUUCCCAGCCGAUCCAUUCAAGGUCGAUCCUAUCUAUUCCACUCAGCCGCAGAGUGACUUCGUUUGGCGGAUUGUCCUAAUGUUCGGGGCUGUCCCUGCUGCCUUGACCUACUAUUGGCGGAUGAAAAUGCCCGAGACCGCAAGGUACACCGCCUUGGUCCAGGGAGACCACAAAAAGGCUGCGUCUGACAUGGCCAAAGUCCUGGAGAAAGACUUAGUAAUCGAUGAAUCGCGAUACAACGCCAAUCCCAACCUUCCUGUCACCCCUCAGCCUUCGUACGGACUAUUCUCGAGUGAGUUCCUCCGAAGGCAUGGGCUCCACCUACUCGGUACCACGACCACCUGGUUCUUGCUGGACAUCGCCUUUUACAGCCUUCAGCUCUCGCAAAAGGACAUAUACCCCGCCAGCAGCAUCCUACCCCGGCCAGAGACCAUUAACGCGAUCGAAGAGGUGUUCAAGUUAUCAAAAGCCAUGUUCAUUAUCGCCCUGGUGGCGCAGGUCCCUGGGUACUGGUUCACGGUCUUCUUGGUUGACAAGAUCGGGCGGUUCCCCAUCCAGCUCAUUGGCUUCCUGGCGAUGUCGGUCUUCAUGGCGGUCCUAGGAGUCAGGUACGAACACUUCAGGGGCCACAAAUGCAGCGAAGGCACCAAAGCAUACUGCGGUGGCCGUCCGCUGACCUUCAUUGCCUUCUAUGGACUCACCUUCUUCUUCGCCAACUUUGGACCCAACACCACAACCUUCAUAGUCCCGGCCGAGCUCUUCCCCGCAAGAUUCAGGUCCACCUGCCACGGAAUCUCGGCAGCAGCAGGCAAAGCAGGCGCCAUCAUCGGGGCAUUCUGGAUCCAGACGUACACGCAGAGCGGCUCCGGGAUUAAGAAAGCGAUCAUCGCACUGUCCGUGGUCAACCUAUUGGGCUUCCUCUUCACUUUCUUGGUGCCAGAGACAAAGGGCAGGUCCCUAGAGGAGAUUUCCGGGGAGGAUCAGAAGCUCGGCGGGCGUCGGCAUCAGGACCAGAAUGGGAUCGACAGGACGAGAAGCGCGGGCACCAACGUGGUUCCGGACACGGAAAUGGUUUAG